AACGCGGCAAAUAUACCUUGCUCUUCACUUUAAGAACUUGAAGAAAGACAUGAAGAGUGCAACUUUGCACUUUGAAUUUCAUAUACCCAUUACAGCACUAGCCAUGUUCCUUCUCAAGACUUGGAGGGCAUCUGCAUUUGGAGUUUAUGGUUACUUGAAUUUCACCAGAAAUGGGUUCUUGGAAAACUCCAAGAAAUUCAAACCUGAAGAUAUGGAAAUACGAUUAGACGGGAAGAACUGCGUGGUCACAGGAGCAAAUUCUGGCAUUGGUUUUGCAACUGCUGAGGGUCUUGCAUCACGUGGAGCAACUGUCUAUAUGGUGUGCCGUAACAUGGAGAGGGGAGAAACUGCUCUUUCUAAAAUUCAGUCUUCGACAGGCAAUCCGAAUCUUCAUUUGGAAGUAUGCGAUAUUUCGUCCAUCAGCGAGAUCAAGUCGUUUGCAUCCAGAUUCUCUUCAAAGGAUGUUCCAGUUCAUGUUCUUGUCAACAAUGCUGGAUUGAUGGAACACAAACGAGUCACGACAUCUGAAGGAUUUGAGUUGAACUUUGCUGUGAAUGUAUUGGGUACUUAUGCCAUAACAGAAUUAAUGUUGCCUUUGCUGGAGAAAGCUUCACUUGAUGCUCGUGUCAUAAUGGUUUCAUCUGGUGGAAUGUAUUCUUCUCCCUUGACCAGUGAUCUACAGUUUAGCAAUGGAAAAUUUGAUGGGGUAGAACAAUACGCUAGAAACAAGCGAGUUCAGGUAGCACAAACUGAAAAGUGGGCUGAGAUGUACAAGAACAAAGGAAUAGAUUUUUACUCGAUGCAUCCAGGUUGGGCCGAGACACCUGGAGUAGCUACAAGUUUACCUGAUUUUAACAAAUGGUUGUCGGGAAAGCUCAGAACUAGUGGAGAAGGUGCAGACACAGUUAUAUGGUUGGCGUUGCAGCCUAAAGAGAAGCUGGUAUCUGGUGGUUUCUACUUUGAUAGAGCAGAAGCACCAAAACACUUGAACUUUGCAGGUACAAGCCAGUCUCAUGGAAAAAUAGACUCCAUUUUCGAUACUCUUCGUUCCAUGUUAGUCUCGCAUGAUUCGAAAAAAUAGCUCCCAAAGUGACACUGAAUGGUAAUCGAGGAAUCUGCUUUGCUGUC